UUUUAGUUCAAAAUUUUAUAAAUUAUCAGAUUUUCUCCGGACACAUCUUCUUUUACAUAUAUUCCCGUACAAAAUUCAUCAGAACACGAAAACAAUGGCAAUCUCGAGCAAAACUUUAGAAGAACUGAUAACCGGUAUAAGAGAAAUUUUUAAUUCUGAAGACAUAAAUGUGGACUUGUAUAUGUCACUACAAAAUAAGGUCUACACUAUGUUCAAAACGGAUAUGAGUUGGAAUGCUGAAGAGAUUAAUGCCAGUAGCAGAUUCGUUUACAUGUGCCGUAGAAUUUAUGCACACGUUAUCGAAUUUCUAAAAGAUUAUGUACGUGAAAAAUAUCAUAUCGACUACACCAUUAGGAGUGAUGAAGAGUAUCUUGCAAACUAUACUGAAGAAGUCUACAAGUUUAAACGAAACAGUAAAAUACUUGAAGGUAUUUGUGCACCCGUGCAUUUCUAUUGGAUGAAUAGUGUCGAGAAGCAGUUGAAGAAAAAACCACUGAAUAUGUAUGAUAUAGCAUUGAGUAUAUGGGAUAACGGUAUUCUGCAUCGCUCGUUUCCCAUUCUCAACGAGACAAUCCUUAAUUUAAUCACUAUGGAUCGAUCAGGUGACACAAUAGAUAAGGAUUUACUACGAAAUGGAAUUUUGUCUUAUACUGAACAAACGCAGGGAGAAAAAACUCAAUCAGACUUCACCAUUAGUCCAUAUAAAAAACAAUUUAUCAAGCAGUUCUUGAAAAAGACAAUGUAUUUUUAUACACAACUCGCUAACGAUAAUAUAACGAAGUACUGCUUACGUGAUUAUGUGCUCUUUGUACGGAAACGCAUUAAUGAGGAACGUGACCGUAUGUUGGCUUUAUGUUUACCAGUUAACUGGAACUUAGUCGAGCAAGUUGAUGAAAUCUGUGAAGAAGCUUUAAUUGCACAAAAAUUUGAAUAUCUCUCCAAAGAAUUUAUGCAAUUAUUAAGAUCUGGUAAUGGUAAAGACGCUGAAGUGGCCUAUAAUUUCUUCAAGGACUUUCACUAUAAUUCGGAUGCUGCCAAUAUUUUUAAGCGAUGCGUAAAUAGUGAGGGCUACAAUGCUAUCCGAAAUUGUGAUGUCAAAAAUUGUGGUAAGAAACCUGCAUGUAAAUAUGCUGAAGUUGUUGCUGAAGUUUUAAACAAAUACAAUGACUUCGUAAUGGCACAUUUUCCUAUCGAUCAAGACAUGGUACGUGCUCUAUCCAACGCAACCAAGAAGUUUUUUAACCAUAACAUUUUUACUGUCGCUAAGUGUAAGAAUCCAGAUUUGAUCAAUUUUAACGAGUAUCGUUGUAGUUUGGAAGAGUGCUAUGAGUUGGUUUACCUAGAGAAAGUGGAGAAUGGUGAAUGAAAAUAGAAAAUCAUAUUUAUAUUUUUAAAAAU